AUGGUGCAGAAGAAGCCUAAGAAGAAGGUGGGAAAGAAGGUUGCCGCGGCACCUCUGGUUGUCAAAAAGGUUGAACCCAAAAAGAUUGUGAACCCUCUUUUCGAGAAGAGAACAAAGAACUUCGCUAUUGGCCAGGAUAUCCAGCCAACUCGUGAUCUGUCCCGUUUUGUGAGAUGGCCCAAGUACAUCCGCAUUCAGCGUCAAAAGGCAGUACUACAGCGUCGCUUGAAAGUUCCGCCACCAAUCAACCAGUUCACUCAGACACUUGAUAAGACUACAGCUAAAGGUCUAUUCAAGAUCCUUGAAAAAUACAGGCCUGAGACUGAAGCAGUUAGGAAAGAGCGUCUAAGAAAAGCUGCUGAAGCCAAGGUUGCUAAGAAAGAUGAGCCACCAGCGAAAAGGCCCAACACAGUGCGAGCCGGAACCAACACUGUGACCAAGCUUGUUGAGAAAAAGAAGGCGCAGCUUGUUGUCAUUGCACACGAUGUUGACCCUAUUGAGCUUGUCCUCUUCCUGCCCGCCCUCUGCCGUAAGAUGGGUGUCCCUUACUGCAUUGUCAAGGGAAAAUCACGCCUUGGAGCUCUUGUUCAUCGCAAGACCUGCACCUGCUUAGCGCUGACUCAUGUGGAGUCUGGAGACAGAGCUGCCUUCUCCAAACUGGUGGAGGCAAUCAGGACCAACUUCAAUGAGCGUUAUGAGGAGCUCCGCCGUCACUGGGGCGGUGGCGUGCUCGGCAACAAGUCAAACGCGCGCAUCGCCAAGCUCGAGAAGGCUAGGGCGCGCGAGUUGGCCCAGAAGCAAGGC